AUCACACGCCUCAGACACCCGCAAACUCGGCGCCCUUACCACGAGCCCUCACCGUGACUAAAUCUUCCUUGAAAGAAAAUGGGAGCCUGCGCCGCCAAGAAACAAGCAAUCAACCCCGGCUCAGCUCUAGACCUGGUCAUCUCUCAGGCCUCCAGCGAUGACUGUGUGCUCUACCGCCUGGCUGACUAUAAGAAAGGUGGUCGUCUGAUUGAGGAGUACACGCGGGGUGGAGGCAAGGAGGUGGAGAGACUGAUCCUGGAGGAGUUUGGCGUGUUCAUGUACAACCACGGCCGAGGGAAGGAGAUCACGAGGACUGAGUACCUUAAAUGGAAGUAUCGGAAGGUGCCUAAAGACCAGAUGGUCGUGCACAUUAACACAGACAAGAAAUCUCCCUUCGACCCCCUGCACAAGUGGAAGGACCAUGAGGCGUGUUGGCAGAUGCAGUUCCGGGGCUCGCUGGGGGAAACACUGCUGCACGUCCUCAUUAUGUGCGUCAAGGCACACACGAGGGUCGCCAAGAUUCUCCUGAGGUGCUUCCCGAGGCUCUGUGUGGAUGUGGUGGAGGGAGAGGAGUAUUUGGGUGCCAGCGCCCUCCACCUGGCCAUCGCGUACGGCAACAAUGAGCUGGUCACGAUUCUGCUUGGGUGCGGAUCCAAUGUGCACCAAAGAGCCAUAGGUAGUUUCUUCCUGCCACGGGACCAGCAGGUAACGGUGCCCCCCGGACCUGACCACACGGACUACGAGGUGGCUUACCUAGGGGAGUACCCGCUUGCCUGGUCGGCCUGUCUGGGCAACGAGACCGUCUAUAACAAACUGCUGGACUAUGACGCCGACUCCAAUGCUCAGGAUAGCUUCGGCAACAUGAUUCUGCAUAUGGUGGUGGUGUGCAAUCAGCUGGGAAUGUUCUCCUACGCACUGCGGCACCCAAGGCAACCAGCUCAGGACGGGAUAAUGAACGAGGCUGGACUGACUCCCCUCACUCUCGCUUGUCGCCUCGCCCGCUCCACGAUUUUUAAGGAGAUGUUAGAGCUCACCUGUAUUGAGUUCUGGCGCUAUUCCAACAUCACCUGCAGUGCUUACCCGCUCAACGCCCUGGACACCAUCAGACCCAGCGGGGAGACUAACUGGAACUCGGCCCUUAUGAUCAUUCUAAACGGCACUAAAAGCGAGCACCUGGACAUGCUGGAGGGCGGCAUCAUACAACGCCUGCUUGAGGAGAAAUGGAAGACUUUUGCCAGGAAUCAGUUCUUGAAGCGUCUGGCCAUCAUGCUCUUGCAGCUAAUCCUUAUGAGUGGCUCUGUCUACUUAAGGCCUUGCUACUGCGGCCCCAGGGAUAUGGAUAAGAAAGACGAGGUGGUGCGAAUGAAACUCUACAACGAUUUCUUUGACAAUGACGUGAAGAGCAUAACCCGGUACUGCUUCGAGGCGGGGACGCUGGCCGGUGUCAUCUCCUACGUGGUGUUCCAGCAGGGCGAGGAGAUGAUGAACCAGGGCAUCGCUUCCUUCAUGAGAGGGCUGGCUGCCAACGCUCCCAAGGCAAUCUUUCUGGUGUCCAACUUGCUAAUAAUGUUGUGUGUGCCUUGCCGGAUCUCUUACUACUUCAGCGUGGAAAAAGAAACUACCUUCAGAUACAUCGAGGACGAGCUGCUCUCCUACGCCGUGGCUGGCUCCUGGUUCAUGCUGAUGUUUUUUGCCGGCGCCCUGAAGCUGACGGGGCCCUUCGUGGUGAUGAUAUACAAGAUGAUCUCCGGAGACAUGUUCACCUUCAGUAUCAUCUACGGUAUCAUGCUGGUCGGGUUCUCUCAAGCCUUCUACUUCCUCAACAAACACCCCAAGAUGGACAAGGAGAGUAAAUAUGCCUCUUAUCACUCCACCUGGAUGGCUCUCUUCCACAUGACUCUUGGGGAUUAUGAUUACAGCGCGAUGGACCAGAAUAUCUAUAGUGGGAUGAGCAAGUUUGUGUUCCUCGUGUUCACCAUCAUGCUGCCCAUUAUGUUGCUCAAUAUGCUGAUCGCUAUGAUGGCCAACACAUACAGCACCGUCAUCUCUAUGUCAGAGAAGGAGUGGGUCAAGGCGUGGGCGAAGAUCGUGAUAGCACUGGAGCGCGCCAUAUCGCAGGAGAAAGCCAAGGACUACCUCUACAUGUACAGCAUCCCUCUCGGCGGCGGCGGUGACGGAGGCGAGGAGAGUCUGGGGGUCAUGGUGAUCAAGAGCAAGGACAAGACCAAGGCCAAGCAGAGGAAGGGUGCUCUCAGUAACUGGAAGCGCGUCGGUCGGGUUACUAUCGACGCCCUCAAACGCCGCGGUGUGAGUGGAGAGUUCCUGCGGCGGGAGAUGUGGGGCCUUCAGACUGCUGCCUCUACUCCUGUCAAAGGGCCAGCCAAGAAGAAAGGUUACGGGAACUUCCUGGGCACAGACACUGGACCGGGCACCGUGGACAUUCUGGGGGACGCCCUCGACCAGACCAGGUUUGUCACGGACGGCGUGGACGUGGAUCCUGACAAUGAGAUGGACGGCUUCGGGGCGCUGACAGGUGCCAUCGAUCAACUCGCGUUCACACAUGACCUCGACUUCUCGGGUGACGGCGUGGACGACGACCCACUCAAGCCUCGCGUCGCUGGUGACGUGCCUGGUGCAGGCAGUCACAUUCGCAACGGCAUGCUGGGAGCGCCUGCCGCCCUGCAAGCCAAGAAAAAGCUGAAAAAGAAGAAAGAGUUAGACGGACACAACAACCCGGCAUUUUUGGAUGACGAGGAGCUGCUGCUGGCGGCGGCACUUGGCACUGCAGGCCCCGGUGCCGAGUCUGACGAUUCUGACACCGACAUGCUUGAGGCGCGGCGUCUGGCGCAGCCCAGGAUCGUCAUUCAAGCUGAGACGGCUGCCGUGGUGUCUAGCGCUGGUGGCGCCGCCCCCACUGCCGCAACCAAGGGCAAGGUUACAGCCAAACCUGCGGGAAAUGCUGCCGCAAAGGACGCCAAGAAGACGGCCACUCCAGCCACGCCUGUCCCAGAAAUUCUUGGGCGGCCUCGCCUCCCCUCCGCCAAGAUCAGGAGGAUUGGCUCAGCCCGCAAGACUCCAGCGAGGUUCACGAUGACCUUCACCGAAAAGUACGACCCGGUGAAGCCGUCGCCCGGCGCCCCGCAGCGGCAGAUGACGGUUGACGGGCAGGGCGCGGCGCCGAGUGACGCCAUCGACAAGGGGAAGAAGGAAGUGAAAGACAAGCCAAAGGAUAAGGCCAAUGAUAAGACCAAGGACAGUGCUAAGGAAGACAAGCCCAGCGUUGUGGAAGAGGAACCUGCUGCCGAAGAAGAGGAGGAUGAGAGUGGCGACAAGUGGGCGGAGAAGAAACCUCGCCGCAGCACCAACAAAGUAGCACCCUCGGACUCCGCUGAAUCAGGAGCCGAGGGGCGCGCGCGAGAUGACCUGAGCGUGGGUCUGCAGUCCGGGGCAGACACGACCCGCCAGGAGGUGAAGGCCAAGGAGCGUGAGCGGCCCAAGACCUCGGUAGCCAGCCAGAAGAUGAAGAAGAGGGCGACUGACGACGUGGGCAACAUGAACAGCAUCCUGCCCUGGGACAACGAGGACGGCGACAUUAAGUAAGCACUGAUCACCACGAGCCGUGAAGGAGACACCGAAGGCGGGACAGGAAGGAGAGCAUAGCGAGAAAGAGAGACCGUUCAGUAUUGGACACCAGGCAAAAAACAUUAAGCAGGAGCAGCACGUACUACCUUGCUGUCCUCCCGGAAUACUCGCCACCCUUCCCCCUCCUCAGGUUUCUGUCUGGGAAUACUCCAUGUGUCCUGAGCCACCAGGCGUCGCCGUGUGGGAAGCUUAACAAAGACAAAUUUGAUUACCAGGAUGCGAGAGAGACAUCACUCAAACGCCUCUUGUUGAAACACUUGUCGUCUGUGCAACGCCGCCACACACCGCCAAACACUGUACACUCUGCAGCAUAAAGUGCCAGACACCACACACGUCGCGUCACACACCACCUCACUCCCCCUACUCAUCACACACUUCCACGUAGACUCCACAUCGGUACACGUCCUCACAUCAGUCACCUCAGUUAUGGUCGUCGAGUGCACCACAAAAUUAGUUUCUUUUUCGCUGUCUUUCAAAUAUUCUGUUGUCUUUCAGUUUCGUUUUCGUUCAAUGUCUGGCAAACGUGUCGUGUAUUUAGGAAUUAGCUAGAGUAGUAUUUCAUAGCUUGGUAAUUCAUUUUUAGUCUCUCAUAUGUUAGGAUUUUUUAUUUCUCAUGUAAGAGUAAGACGAAGAACUUUACUCCUUUACCAUCGCACGGUUUCCAAUGUAAGUUUUCUUCAGCAAAGUCUCGACGAUCUAUUCUGCCAAUUUUAGUGUUCUUAUUUUCUUAGUUAUCAUGCAUUGAUAGUUUCCUCAAAUAACUGUGUUGCGAAGAAUACUGACUUUUUUUUUUUUAAAUUUAUACCAUGUGGGUUUUUCACGGGAAUUUAUGGGCUAAAGGGGAUACUUUUUGGGGCACCUCCUAUCUCAAAGCCCACCCGCUAAGAAACCGUUGCCCCGAGUGAGCAAGCCUUGAUACCAUUGCACACUUUCCUGUACAAGUUUUAUUCGGGUAGGUCUUGAAGUAGUAUUUGUAGCGUCAAUAUUCCCUUAGUCCUUCAUAUAUCAAUCUAUUUUUCCCUGUAACUUUAUGGCCAACAGUAUGACUGCUACAUCACUGCACACUUCCUUCUAUAAGUCUUCUUCAGGUGGGACUUGAGGUUUAAGGAGUAGAAGCUUCUGUUUUGAAGAUAUCUCGUAGGAGUCGUCACAAGUUUCAUUAUGACUUGGCUCGUAAUUCAAAGUGUCGCCUCCGUUUCAAUUGUGUCUAAUAUUCACUAGUUUCCGUGCAACAUUUCUCAGUUAUUUCCAAGCUUCACGAUUCACUAGGUUUGUUUUUUGGUGCUGUAGGUGUCACUGUAAGAUGAUGGUGAUAUUUUUUUAGUGUGUUUCUUAGUCAACCACAAAGCCAGGAGCAGUCACCAUUGAUCAGUCACCAUUGGCUAUAAUACAUCAUGAGUCACGAGGUUUGGUAAUAGGUGCUGUAGGUAUGUCGCUGUAGAAGAUUCAAGUAAUAUUUAUAGUGUAGGUGUUUCUUAGUCAUCAUUGUUCGUAGUAAUAUAUAUAAGCAAAUGCUAUUCCAGUCAUUUCUUGCAUUAAAUUUCCUACAUUGUUAAAAAACGUGAGUGGCAUUCGUGUGUGAACUAAUUAAUCCGUCUUCAGAAUCACGAAGGCUUAUGAAAGGCAUUAACUCAUCUCCGGUGACUGGGAAGGGUGAAUAGAAGCUGCCUCAUCUGUACCUCAUCUGUCACCAUCUCAUCUUUAAUCAACCGGCAACAUGUAGACAUAUAUUGCCCAUUGUUGUAAUUUGCAGGUGUUGAGGAUUAUAUAUUGUUCUGUUGUCUCGUAAAUGUUAUUGUAGCAUAAAAGAGAUA